AUGAAAUGGAAAUUAAUUGGUGUCUUCAUAUCCAAUGCGCUGAACAUAUGUGCGAUCUGUUGCUGGCCAUUCGCACCGCCACCCCCACCACCUCUGCCACCAUUGCACCUCUUUGAAGACCAUUACGUACGGGUCAGUCAUGGACCUCACUUUGACAGAGGCCUCACGCAUAUGGCGAGGGUAAACAGCCCGCGGGUGGUCUGUGAAGUUCUAGGGUACUUACCAGUUGUGGAGCUUCCUUACAAGGAUGGAUACUCAGGCCGGUACCGAAUGCGGCUUGGAGUCCUGUCCCACAAACUUCUGUGUUAUGAUUUGGGAACCACUCAAGAGUUUUCCCAAUACAUACCAAACGACAAACCUAUGAUGAAAGUCCGACACAUGAACUACAGGUAUAGGAAGCGCUUGAAGAGUCAGCGACCCAUUGAGUCGAACGGCAAUUCUGUGACACAUCCGAGGAAAGACAUCAAAUGGAGUCAAGAGACGAGUGCCGGACAUAAUGGACAACAGCCCCGAAGAUAUAAUGUGAUUGACAACAGAUAUCACAACAAACAGAAUAUUCCGAAUUCAGUGAACGACAAAUUGCCGCGAAUUCCGGGGAAAGUGGUUCACGAAGGAGAGAGUCUUAACCGACAGAAUUACAGCCAAAAUAAGAGUAUUGAAGCGAAUGAUAAUAAUAUAAGUAGUGAUAAGACUGUUAAGGAUUUGUAUGAAAAUAGUUCCCAAACCCGAGAGAAAACAAAUUCAAUUCGACAUAACGUUCCCAACAUUCCCAUUGAGAUUACCAGUUAUGAUACGAAGUCACCGGACGGUGUCGUCACUCAAGUCACGGAAAUGCUGUACGACAUCGAGAAUAAUCCAUUCAAAGGGCCCACAACCACACCAAUCAUAUCCCCAUUCUUACCGCCAGCGGCUACACCACCGCUAAUACCCGUUACAUCUAAUCCGCGUCUCAACAAUCAAAUACCUUAUCAUAUGAAUAGCGGUUAUUCUGAGAUCAGGGAAACCAGUUCUUCACAACCUAUACAACCCAUCAAUACUGCGGUCACCGCCCGAUUCAAUGGCAUGACAAUGACUCCAUCGAUGUCGUGGACGAGUCAGAAGAACACAUUAGAUCCCGUGCCCAUUGUAUGGACCAACGAACCGACUGCACCGCCGCCAACGCCUCGUCCCAUACCUUCGUCCUCGUCGUCAGAAUAUCACACGAGAAGAGCCCGAAAAAGGACAACCACUCAAAAACCACAGACUACUGUUAAGAGUAGUGCCCGAGAGGGUCAGCCCGGCCUGAGUAGUGCUGCCAUUGCGGGCAUUGUUAUCGGAUCUAUGGUCUCAAUAGUGCUUUUGGCGGGCACUUCUCUGUUCGUAAUGUAUAGAAAUCCGUUCCGAAGAACAUUAGGUCCGCUAUCGAGCAGUGGUUCUCCGCCACCACCAGUGCCUCCGCCAACUCUACCACCAAAUGACUCCAAUACCAUCCCGUCUCGCGUGAGUCCAUCGGUGGCACCCCAGAAGACACAGGAGAUCAUAGAGUAGUGUCUCAUUUGGAUGGCAUUCUCCACGCAUUUUCAAUAGUAAUCCGUUUCGCAUUCAACUCAAUACAGAUAUGAAACGCUUGACUAAUAAUGAGUUUAAUUAUAAUUAUAAUAUGAAAUGUUUUUCUCGUUUAGGAAUCAAAUUCCUUAAUAAUAAUUAUAUGUGUUUUAUAGGAGAG